AUGGCGGCCCGGAGCGCCCCGAACUGCCACCUGCGGCUCGAGUGGGUGUACGGCUACCGGGGCCACCAGUGCCGCAACAACCUCUACUACACGGCGGCCAAGGAGAUCGUGUACUUCGUGGCCGGCGUCGGCGUGGUGUACAGUCCGCGGGAGCACCGGCAGAAGUUCUACCGGGGCCACAGCGACGACAUCAUCAGCCUUGCAUUGCAUCCUGAACGAGUACUGGUAGCAACCGGACAAGUUGGGAAAGAACCUUAUAUAUGUGUUUGGGAUUCAUACACUGUGCAGACCAUAUCAAUUCUAAAGGAAGCUCAUACACAUGGUAUAGCUUGUUUAGCAUUCGACUUAGACGGGCAGCGCUUGGUUUCAGUUGGACUUGACUCAAAGAAUGCAGUUUGUGUUUGGGAUUGGAAAAGGGGAAAAAUGUUAUCUAUGGCCCCUGGUCACACAGAUAGAAUAUUUGAUAUCUCUUGGGACUUAUACCAGCCAAAUAAACUUGUCAGCUGUGGUGUAAAACAUAUCAAGUUCUGGAGUUUAUGUGGAAAUGCUCUGACCCCAAAACGAGGGGUCUUUGGUAAAACUGGUGACCUUCAGACAAUUUUGUGCCUGGCCUGUGCGAGGGAUGAAUUAACAUAUUCUGGUGCACUUAAUGGGGAUAUAUAUGUUUGGAAAGGAAUCAAUCUUAUAAGGACAAUACAAGGAGCCCAUACUGCAGGAAUUUUUAGUAUGAAUGCUUGUGAAGAAGGCUUUGCUACUGGUGGCAGAGAUGGCUGUAUUCGCCUAUGGGAUUUAACUUUUAAACCGAUUACUGUGAUUGAUCUCAGGGAAACAGACCAGGGAUACAAAGGUCUGUCUGUGAGGAGUGUUUGCUGGCGGGGUGACCACAUUCUAGUUGGAACACAGGACAGUGAAAUUUUCGAAAUUGUGGUGCAUGAAAGGAAUAAACCUUUCCUAAUUAUGCAAGGGCAUUGUGAAGGUGAACUUUGGGCACUUGCUGUUCAUCCUACAAAACCUUUGGCUGUGACUGGAAGUGAUGAUCGUUCAGUCAGGAUAUGGAGCCUAGUAGAUCAUGCCCUAAUAGCAAGGUGUAAUAUGGAAGAACCAAUUCGUUGUGCAGCUGUGAAUGUAGAUGGGAUCCAUCUUGCCCUUGGAAUGAAGGAUGGCUCCUUCACUGUACUUAGAGUAAGAGAUAUGACCGAAGUUGUACAUAUUAAAGACAGGAAGGAGGCAAUUCAUGAGUUAAAAUAUUCCCCAGAUGGAACUUACUUGGCUGUUGGAUGCAAUGACAGCUCCGUUGAUGUCUAUGGCGUUGCACAACGUUACAAAAAGUGUGGGGAAUGUGUUGGAUCACUUAGUUUCAUCACUCAUCUUGACUGGUCCUCAGACAGUAGAUAUUUACAGACAAAUGAUGGAAACGGUAAAAGAUUUUUUUAUAGGAUGCCAGGAGGAAAAGAAGUGACAAACAAAGAAGAAAUAAAAGGUGUUCACUGGGCUUCAUGGACAUGUGUUUCAGGCCUUGAAGUAAAUGGAAUUUGGCCCAAGUAUUCAGAUAUCAAUGAUAUAAAUUCAGUAGAUGGAAAUUAUAUUGGCCAAGUUUUAGUUACAGCUGAUGACUAUGGAAUUAUAAAAUUAUUCCGAUAUCCUUGUUUGAAAAAAGGAGCCAAGUUUAAAAAAUAUAUUGGCCAUUCGGCUCAUGUAACUAACGUCAGAUGGUCACAUGACUAUCAGUGGGUUAUUUCUAUUGGUGGAGCAGAUCACUCUGUCUUCCAGUGGAAAUUUAUUCCUGAAAGAAAACUAAAAGAUGCUCUUCACAUAGCACCUCAAGAAAGUCUGGCUGACUCUAAUAGUGAUGAAUCAGAUUCAGAUCUGUCUGAUGUUCCAGAACUGGAUUCUGAAAUUGAGCAAGAGACACAGCUUACCUACCGUCGGCAGGUUUACAAAGAAGAUCUACCUCAGCUUAAAGAACAGUACAAGGAAAAACAAAAAAGUGGUACUUCUAAAAGAAGAGAGCGGGCUCCAGGAAAUAGCAUUCGAUUACACUUUGUUCACGGUUACAGAGGUUAUGACUGUCGAAGUAAUCUUUUUUAUACUCAAAUUGGUGAAAUCGUGUACCAUGUCGCAGCAGUGGGUGUCAUUUAUAAUCGGCAUCAGAACACACAGCGCUUUUACCUGGGUCAUGAUGAUGAUAUUCUCUGCCUGGCUCUUCAUCCUUUGAAAGACUAUGUGGCAACAGGCCAGGUAGGUAGGGAUCCCUCAAUUCACAUAUGGGAUACAGAGACCAUUAAACCAUUGUCAGUAUUAAAGGGCUGCCACCAAUAUGGUGUCUGUGCUGUUGAUUUCUCAGCGGAUGGGAAACGUUUGGCUUCAGUUGGAAUAGAUGAUAGCCACACUAUUGUGCUCUGGGACUGGAAGAAAGGGGAGAAACUUUCAGUAGCAAGAGGAAGUAAAGAUAAGAUUUUUGUUGUAAAGAUGAACCCCUAUGUGCCUGAUAAAUUAAUUACAGCUGGAAUUAAACACGUGAAGUUUUGGCGUAGAGCUGGGGGAGGAUUGAUUGGAAGAAAAGGCUACGUGGGCACACUGGGAAAAAAUGACACGAUGAUGUGUGCAGUGUAUGGAUGGACUGAAGAGAUGGCUUUUUCUGGAACAUCCACAGGAGACGUGUGUAUCUGGAGAGAUGUCUUUCUUGUGAAAACAGUUAAAGCACAUGAUGGGCCAGUGUUUAGUAUGCAUGCAUUGGAAAAAGGAUUUGUAACUGGAGGAAAAGAUGGUGUGGUAGCUCUUUGGGAUGACUCCUUUGAAAGAUGUCUCAAGACCUAUGCUAUAAAAAGAGCCGCUUUGGCACCAGGAUCUAAAGGUCUUCUCUUGGAAGAUAACCCAUCUAUACGUGCCAUAUCAUUAGGACACGGUCAUAUUUUAGUUGGCACAAAGAAUGGUGAAAUACUAGAAGUGGAUAAAAGUGGCCCAAUAACACUUCUGGUCCAGGGACACAUGGAAGGAGAGGUGUGGGGUUUGGCUACACAUCCUUAUCUGCCUAUCUGUGCUACUGUAAGUGAUGACAAAACCUUAAGAAUAUGGGAUCUCUCUCCUAGUCAUUGUAUGUUGGCUGUCCGGAAACUGAAAAAGGGUGGGAGAUGUUGCUGUUUUUCUCCUGAUGGUAAAGCUUUAGCUGUAGGUCUGAAUGAUGGAAGUUUCUUAAUGGCAAAUGCAGAUACCCUAGAGGAUCUUGUUUCUUUUCAUCACAGGAAAGAUAUUAUUUCAGACAUUCGAUUUUCACCAGGUUCUGGGAAAUACCUUGCAGUAGCAUCCCACGACAGUUUCAUAGAUAUAUACAAUGUAAUGAGUAGUAAACGAGUAGGAAUAUGCAAAGGCGCUACCAGCUACAUAACCCAUGUUGACUGGGAUAUUAGAGGAAAGCUUUUACAGGUCAACACUGGUGCUAAAGAACAAUUAUUCUUUGAAGCUCCCAGAGGGAAAAAACAAACCAUUCCCAGUGUGGAGGUAGAAAAAAUUUGUUGGGCAUCAUGGACGAGUGUGCUUGGUUUAUGCUGUGAGGGAAUUUGGCCAGUAAUUGGAGAAGUCACAGAUAUAACUGCCUCUUGCCUCACGAGUGACAAAAUGGUCUUAGCUACUGGGGAUGAUUUGGGAUUUGUGAAGUUAUUUAGAUAUCCUGUUAAAGGAAAAUUUGGAAAGUUUAAGAGGUACGUGGCCCAUAGUACACAUGUCACAAAUGUUCGCUGGACCUACGACGACAGCAUGUUGGUUACCUUAGGAGGUGCAGAUAUGUCUUUAAUGGUUUGGACAAAUGAAAUGGAGGGCUAUCGAGAAAAAAGACCUUGUGAUAGUGAAGAAUCUGAUACAGAUUCUGAAGAAGAUGGGGGCUAUGACAGUGAUGUUACAAGGGAGAAUGAAAUCAGUUACACCAUUAGAGCCUUAUCAACAAAUAUUCGCCCAAUGUUUGGAGUCAAGCCUCAUUUGCAACAGAAAGAACCCUCAGUUGAUGAGAGGCAGGGGGUAGUAAGAGGUUCCAGGCCCCCCGUGAGCAGAGCCCCACCAAGGCCAGAAAAACUCCAGACAAACAAUGUUGGCAAGAAAAAGAGACCCAUAGAGGACCUUGUGUUGGAGCUUGUUUUUGGCUAUCGAGGAAAAGACUGUAGGAAUAAUGUUCAUUAUUUAAAUGAUGGAGAUGAUAUAAUAUAUCACACUGCGUCCAUUGGAAUUCUGCACAACGUUGCUACUGGGACUCAGAGUUUUUAUCAAGAACAUAAUGAUGAUAUACUGUGCCUGACUGUAAAUCAGCAUCCCAAAUUUAUCAACAUAGUGGCAACAGGCCAAGUAGGUGAUUUAGCAGACAUGUCAGCUACAGCUCCUUCUAUCCACAUCUGGGACGCAAUGAACAAGCAGACUUUAUCUUUACUGAGAUGCUACCAUUCAAAGGGCGUGUGUUCGGUCAGCUUCAGUGCUACUGGCAAACUCUUGCUGUCGGUGGGGCUGGACCCGGAACAUACGAUUACCAUUUGGAGAUGGCAGGAAGGUGCCAAAAUUGCCAGCAGAGCCGGUCACCACCGACGUAUUUUUGUGGCAGAAUUCCGACCGGAUUCCGAUUCCCAGUUUGUGUCUGUGGGAGUCAAGCACGUGAAGUUCUGGACACUGGCAGGAAGGGCUCUUCUUAGCAAAAAAGGGCUCCUGAGCGCGCUGGAGGGCGCCCGGAUGCAGACCAUGCUGGCCGUGGCUUUCGGUGCAAAUAACUUGACGUUUACAGGUACCGUCAGUGGGGAUGUCUGUGUGUGGAAAGAUCACAUAUUGUGUAGGACCGUGGCCAGAGCCCACAACGGGCCUGUGUUCGCCAUGCACACCACGCUGCGGGACGGACUUAUCGUGACCGGAGGCAAGGAAAGGCCGUCAAGAGAAGGAGGAGCGGUCAAACUGUGGGACCAGGAGCUGCGGCGGUGCCGAGCCUUCCGGCUGGACACGGGCCAGGCCACGGACUGCGUCCGUUCCGUGUGCAGAGGCAAAGGCAAGAUCCUAGUUGGGACAAGGAGCGCGGAGAUCAUUGAAGUUGGAGAGAAAAAUGCAGCCUGCAAUAUUUUAGUUAACGGUCACGUGGAUGGGCCCAUAUGGGGACUGGUGACACAUCCAUCCAGGGAUUUUUUCCUUUCUGCUGCAGAAGAUGGGACAGUGAGACUCUGGGAUAUUGCUGAUAAAAAGAUGUUAAACAAAGUGAACUUGGGACAUGCUGCUCGGACCGUGUGUUACAGCCCUGAAGGGGAUAUGGUGGCUAUCGGAAUGAAAAAUGGAGAAUUUAUUAUUUUACUGGUGAGCUCUCUAAAAAUAUGGGGAAAGAAGAGAGAUAGACGAUGUGCAAUCCAUGAUAUCAGAUUUAGUCCAGAUUCCCGGUUUCUGGCAGUGGGUUCUAGUGAGAACUCAGUGGAUUUUUAUGACCUAACAUUGGGCCCCACCCUUAACAGAAUCAGCUACUGCAGAGACAUUCCCAGCUUUGUCAUUCAGAUGGACUUCUCUGCAGACAGCAGACAUCUCCAGGUCUCUACCGGUUGCUAUAAACGACAGGUCUAUGAAGUGCCUUCAGGAAAACCUGUUCUGGAUCAGGCCGCCAUGGACAGAAUUACUUGGGCUACAUGGACUAGUAUUCUAGGAGAUGAAGUUAUGGGAAUCUGGUCCAGACAUGCUGAGAAAGCCAAUGUCAACUGUGCCUGCGUAUCUCAUUCAGGAAUCAGCCUUGUAACAGGAGAUGACUUUGGGAUGGUUAAGUUAUUUGACUUCCCAUGUCCUGAAAAAUUUGCAAAGCACAAAAGGUUCUUGGGUCAUUCACCUCACGUGACCAAUAUUCGAUUUACCAGUGGGGAUCGACAUGUCGUUAGUGCCGGAGGUGAUGACUGCAGUUUAUUUGUCUGGAAAUGUGUACAUAUGCCUCACUAAAAGAUACGGAUGCAGAGAAGACUGUAUAAAUUAACAGCCUUGAGAGACCAGAAUUACAGACGAGGAACAAAAAAAAAAAAGCAAACCGAACCAAACCCUGCAUGGGCAAGUGGUGCUAAUUUAGGAUUGUUAACAGGGAUAAACGCCCAGAGUCAUCAAAAUAGAAGACAGAGAAGUUCAAGACACUUGCUGUAUGCAUUGGGGAACUGUCCAUAAUCCACACACUGCCAGACAGUUACGUUUCAAAGAAAUAUACGUUUCAAAGUAUACAGAUACUUGGUGAAAGCCAGCCCCCCCUUUUUGGGAAGGGUGCAAACUCGGCAGGCCUGGUAAGGAGGCUGAGGGGACUGAGCUUCUCCCCCAAAAAACCCAAAUCAAAACCUUAAAACCCCAACUUGCAAAGUUUUCGUCAUCUUUUUAAGCAAACGGUUUUUCUUUGUUAGAAUUUCUAUUUUAUUUUGAAGGCUCAUUAUUUAAUGACUUAUUUUUCCUUGUGUUUACAUAAGGAAAGAAACACACCAUCACCCUAAAGGAUCACAGCUUUUAAAAGGCGAACAUGAUUUCCCUAAGGAAACACACACAAGCUUUACUGGAGAAGAUAAUGCUACUUAAGCAUCAAUAAACCUCUUUAUAAAGGA